ACCGGUAAACCAGUUUAGUUAACACUUAAUCGCGCUCGGAGUUUCAUACGAACCGUCUGAAAUUUAUCAAUUUUAUAAUUAAUUGACAUUUUUUUUAUUUAACAAUUGUGUCUGUUUUGACAAUAGUGCCUGAUAUUCUGCACGAAUUAAUAAAAUUCUCCAAUAUGACACCUGUUCUGGCGGUAUGCCUGCUACUGUCGGGAUCUUUACUGGUCGAGGGCUAUUCAAAGUACGGUAGAACAUGUGCAGAUAUAGGAUGCACACCCAGCGAAGUCUGUGUUAUGGCCGAAGAUCCUUGCAGUUAUGGCCAAAGAGAUAGCUGUGGAACAUACCCGACUUGUAAACGCAAAGAUGCAGUUUCAUCAAGUUCUGAUCCCAAGCCGUCCGCUCCGGCCGCUAAGCCAUCAGCACCUGAAAUGUAUCCUGGAGGCUUAUCCAACUUCGGAGGUGGAACUUCUUCUAAUUCAGGAGGUAGCUCGAAACCAAGCUACCCCGCCAGUGGAGGAGGCCAUUCUGCGCCCAGCUACCCAAGCGGCAAUGACAAUUCUUACUCCGGAGGAAAUGGGAACCGUGGCAGUUUCUAUGGCGGUGGUGAUAAUUACCCUAGUGGCGGCGGAGGCGGUAGCCGUUACCCAAGUUACCCAAGUUCAGGCGGCGGUGGUCAAUCUUACGGGGGCGGUUCAAGACCGGGCAGCAGUUCAAGUUCUGGUUUUGAUCUUUCAUCUCUUCUUAGCGGAUUUGGAAGUGGCGGAUCCGGAUCGAACGGCGGUUCUUUGACUAGUUUGAUUAACAGUUUAAGCAACCGCGGUGGCGGUAGUAGUUCUACAGGUAGUGGUGGUUCCUUGAGCUCUUUACUAAAUAGUUUUGCCAGUGGCGGCAGUGGAGGAUCGUCCUACCAUGGAUCAUCGUCCUCUUACGGUGGAAACCCUUCACAGCAAGGUGGCACUUUAACGCAAUUGCUGAAUCAGUUUGCAAAUAGUCCUAACACUAGAUCAGGAACGCCAUCUAGAAGCGGUUCCUCGUCGGGGGGUAGCACACUGCAAACUUUGUUGCAAAGCUUCGGAGGCGGAGGUGGCGGCAGUUCUGGUUUGAGCCUCGGAAGUUUGCUUGGAUCAUUAAAUGGGCCAGGAGGAUUUAAUACGCGUCCCAUUCAAAGAACCCAACCCGAUCCUAGACCAAGUUAUCCUUCACAGGGGGGCGGCGGAAGUAAUCCCUAUUAUCCUACUCAAGGCGGAGGGGCCAAUUACCCUAGACAAGGGGGCUAUCCGAACUACCCAGCUCAAGGUGGAUACAAUGGCUACAACCCCAAUCAGCCCCAACAGCCCAGUUUGUACCCUAGUUUGAACAGUGCACCCGACAGCAGUAAAAGAGUCGCUGCAGCUAACCAGGCAUCAUCUGCCAGCACUGAAAAUACGAUAGGCUGGGUGAAACCGAAAUAAUCUAGAAUAAAUCUAUAAGUAAGCUUGUUAUUACCGUCAAUACGUUGAAUAUUUCGAAAAAUGCCUUGCAAGCAGAUGUAAAUAAAUUAUGAAACAUUUAUUACCGCAAUAUCACUUGAUAUAAUUGUAAUAAAUCUUCACUUGUGAUAUAUGAAAAGCACUUUUAAGGACGUGCCUACAAAUUAGGCAAAAACUAAUUUUUUUACAAAAUUUAAAAAUGCAACUACUCUAGCAUAUAUAUCUUGAAAAUAAGCAUAUGAUUUUUAUACACAUCGAUAUUAGUUGUCAGGGAGUUUCCUUAUUUUUAGAAUUACCACUUUUUGUUUUUAUCACUAGACG